UUCUGUCAGUCAGUAAUAGGCACCUUCACUUUAAUGCCUCAGCUCGGAGUUUGCGAAGCAGCCGAGGGUGGCACGCCCAGCAGAAUGGAAGGGACACUGUACAAGUGGACAAAUUACAUUAGCGGUUGGCAGCCCCGGUGGUUUCUGCUUUGCGGAGGGAUAUUAUCAUAUUAUGACUCCCGGGAGGAUGCUUGGAAAGGCUGCAAAGGAAGCAUCCAAAUGGCAGUGUGUGAAAUUCAAGUUCAUUCCACAGAUAACACACGCAUGGAUUUAGCUAUUCCAGGAGAGCAGUAUUUUUAUCUGAAAGCUAGGACAGCAGGAGAGAGACAGCGGUGGCUUGUUGCCCUGGGCUCAGCCAAAGCCUGCAUUACUGACAUCAGAACAAAAAAAGAAAAAGAAUUUAGUGACAAUACAGAAGAACUGAAAACAAAGAUGUCAGAAUUAAGACUGUACUGCGAUAUCUUGGUUCAACAAGUGAACAAAACAAAAGAAAUGCCUGUCAGUUGUACAUCAGAACCACAGGACGAAAUUGACAUGGGAACGCUCCUAAAAUCGACUUGCAAUACUUUCCUGAAAACCCUUGAAGAGUGUAUGAAGAUUGCAAAUGCAACCUUUACAUCUCAACUAAUACAUGCCACACCACCAGGAUCACCUCACCUCUCCAUUCUCAGACCCAGCAAGGUGCGCCAUUCUACAUCUGCAGGCCAUAUUUCAGCACAAAGAAAGCUGGAAAUAGACAACAAUCUUGAAAAUGGUUCUAUAAAGGAAGAGGCAAAUCAUUUUGAUGCACCUGUCACUGAGCAUACAGAAAGGCUGUUUGUAGAAAUACCAGAAUCUGUGCUUGUGGAUUCUGCAGAUAAUGGCAGCGAGCGUACACCUGAUGACAAUUCACAGCACAGUGACAACAAUUCCAAUAAUGAGCUUCCAGAUGCUGAAGUUGAUGAGCAGACAGAGGUACCUGUAGCAAGAAAUGGCUUACAGCAGGAUGAAGGAGGUGGAGAUGAAGAUGAAGGAGGAGGUGCUGAAGCUGAUGAAAAUGUUAAAACAUUUUUCAGUACAAUGACUCACAGGUUCAAUGAUAUAAAUUUGGAAGAUGGAGAAGGCAUUCCAACAGAGAGGUUUCUAGACUCUUGUUAUGCAAUUGUUCCUGUUCUCGACAAGCUUGGAUCCACUGUGUUUGCACCUGUCAAAAUGGACUUUGUUGGGAAUAUUAAGAAAAUAAAUCAGAAAUACAUCACUAGUAAGGAAGAGUUCACAACCCUUCAAAAGAUUGUUCUUCAUGAAGUGAAUGCAAAUGUGACACAAGUAAGAAACUCUGCAACUGAGGCCCUCUUGUGGUUAAAACGAGGUUUAAAGUUUCUAUAUGAAUUUCUGUCUGAGGUGAGAAAUGGUGAAAAGAAUAUUCAAACAGCUUUAAGUAAUGCAUAUGGUAAAACAUUACGUCAGUAUCAUGGCUGGGUCGUACGAGGAGUGUUUGCGUUUACAACACCAUUAAGGUACAUAUCCAUGUGGCGCUACAGAACUUUAGAAUCUGUCCAACUGAAGUAGCAGUCAUCGGCUCAACUGGACGUUUUUGUGGCAACAACCCAAAUGGUUUUAUCUGCAGCUCAUUGGGAUUGGACACAGUUUAAUUCUUUAAACAAAAUAAUUAAACCAACUGCCACAUUUUAUGUCCACAUUGCCUGCAAAGCUAUUAUUUUUCUCUCAGCAGAUGGAUACUGCACAAUGUCCCAUUUACACUAUCCCAGUCUUCUGGAAUCCCUCUGCCCACACUACCUGUACCAAAGGAUCACAUAUAUUUGACAUGGAACUAGGGUGACCAGAUCAUUCGAAAAUUCAGGGACAUGUCUAAUUAAUACAUGUUGCACAGCAGCACUGAUUGCAUUUAAGGUUAAUUGCAAUCAGUUCAGCCCCGAUAACUGGAUUUUCUAGAUGUGUCUCUAUUUUUUCAGGUGAUCUGGUCACCGUACAUGGGCACAUUGUGUUACAUAAAUGCAGGAAAAGUUUGCGUUGUUACUGAUUGUAAACAGAAUCUGUCUAUUUUAUCCAGUUAGAUAUUUAUGGUGCUUCAAUUUGAAAUUGAAACCUUAAGAUAUUGUUUGUUUGUUUUUAAGCUGAACGGAAUGUUUUUAUUGUAUGAAUGAAUGUAUAUCACUACAUGUCACAAAUUAAUUUAUUGAUGUGAACAGUGUUUGGCUGCAAAUCAGUUAUGUUAAAUGUUCCCUCUGUGCGAUAAAGCUAGGGCAUCCAAUAAAAUUACACAGACUUCCCAAAAGAA